UAGUGUACAGUACAGUACAGAGGAUAAUGAACCAUUUGACUCCAUCGCUUUAAUCUUCAGGAUGAAGAGGACAAUCUUUCUUCUUCCUUUCCUUUUUCGUCUUCUUUUGGCUGGAGCUGAGACUUCUUAUGGUAACCUGAUGAGCCAAGAGGAGAAAAAUGAAGAGACAAGUGAGCGUGUGCUUAUUCGAACAAAGAGGAGAUGGGUGCUGACUACAAUUGAUCUGGAGGAGGAAAGUCUCGGACCUUUUCCAGUAAGACUCACACAGCUGUUCAAUGAUAAGCAAGACAGCCACACCAUCAGGUUUAGCAUCAGUGGCCAUGGAGUAACAAAAGAGCCAGUGGGUGCAUUACGUGUUGAUGAACGCACCGGCGAAGUCUGGAUGUUGAAGUCGAUAGAUCGAGAAAAACAUCCAGUUUUUCAGGUGGAGUUCAAUGUAUUUGAUGCAAUUACUGGAGAAUCCCUCGACAGAACAUUGGCCUUCAAUGUAGCUGUAAAGGAUAAGAAUGAUAACGCACCUCUGUUCAAUCCUCAAGUUUUAAAUGUACAAAUUCCAGAGAACAUAAAGGAAGGCGAGCUUCCUUUUUCUCUGCAAGCAAGCGAUAAAGAUGAAGAAGGCUCUGAAAACUCCCGCAUAUCAAUGGAAAUAACGUCCCAGAAUCCACCUUCUCCAAACUUCAGCUUGAGAUACCUCGGUAGUAUAAACGACAGCACGGUCACAAGGCUUGCCUUCACUGGAUGCUUCGAUUAUGAUAAAGUAAAGAAUUACAGGAUCCUUGUUGUAGGACGCGAUCAUGGCAAUCCAUCACUCUCAUCUACUUCAACUGUUAAUAUCCGCAUUACUGACUCCAACACUCACCCUCCUGUGUUCACUGCACCGAGGUUUAAUGCCUCAGUUAUGGAGAUGGAAACCGAUAAAGUGAUUUUAAGGAUUCCUGUGACAGACCAGGACACUCCCAGAACUCCAGCAUCCAGAGCAGUGUUCACUAUCCUGAAGGGUAAUGAGGAGGGCAACUACAAGAUAGAGACGGAUCCAGUUACCAAUGAAGGAGUGCUGACUGUCAUCAAGGCAAAGGAUUAUGAGCAAACGACUUCAACUGAGCUGGAAAUAGGAGUUGAGAACGAGGAGCCAUUAUUUGUAUGCGUUGACGGAAAGCCAGUGAGUCCAAUACCAGAGACUUUAACGAAAAACAGCAAGGUUAGAGUUGGCGUCAAAAUCAUCGAUGUGAAUGACCCACCAGUGUUUCGGAAUACAAUUACGACAGUUUACAGAAGAGAGGAAGAAGAGCCAGGAGACGUGUUGUACAUACCAACAGUCACAGAUGAGGAUUCAAAUCUAGCUAAUGUUAGGUAUAUGCUGUUGGAAGAUCCAGCUAAAUGGGUGUCCGUAGACCCAAAGACAGGCAAGGUCACCACGAUAAAGAAGAUGGACCGUGAGUCUCCACAUGUUCGCAACAACACUUAUACUGUCGUGAUGCAAGCAGUAGAUGAUGGAAAACCUCCAGCCACAGGUACGGGCACUCUGGUGAUCAAACUGGGAGAUAAAAAUGAUAAUGCACCACAUCUACUCUCGAACACUUCAGUAUUGUGUGGGGACAAGUCUGACAGAGUCAAAGUCAUGGCAGAGGAUAUAGAUGAUUAUCCAUUUAGUGGACCCUUCACCUUCACACUUGGCAGAGAUGAUAAGGAGCUGAAGAGCCAGUGGAAAUUUGACCCAGAAACAGGGCCAGAAACAUCAUUGAUUAGUCUGACGAGUCUGCCUUAUGGGACAUACUUGGUUCCAUUGAAGAUUGCCGACCAACAGGGGGUACUAACACACGCUGCCGUGCAAGUAUCAGUGUGUAACUGUGCGAAAGGAGAAAUGUGUCGAGACUUGCAACCGCGAUCCAUCAACCUCCACAGAAUAGCCACAGGAAUUCUCCUGGGAGCACUGCUCUUGAUGGCUUUGCUGCUCUGCUCUUGUAUUCUCUGCGAGUGCCGAGAAAAAAAAGGCAUGCAGAACGAUUACUUGCAAUCUGAUGGAAACCAAACCCUGAUCACAUACAAUGAUGAAGGUGGAGGUUCACUUUGUAAGGCUGAUCCACAGAUCUUGAUUAGCUUGGGGACAGAACAGAACGAAUUUUCGCCGAGCCCCAGUAAUUAUUCUGGCACCAUCAGGACAGGAACUUUUCAGCCCACACUGGUAUCCAAUGGACUUAGAGGUAGAUCUGACUGGGGAACCAUCUACGGAAGGUCAACACCAUUUAUAAGAAACAGUCGGAAUAGUUUGUAUGACACUGUUCAGAGUGGGUUGACCAGAGCCUUAAGCUAUAACAUAGAAGACUUCAUUGAAACGAAGCUCUCUAAACUUUCUAUGGAACAGCAGGACUACCCUGAAUAUGAGCCAUGUGAUUACAGCUCUGAAGGCAAUAAUGUAACCAACGUGUCACUGGACAAGCUGUCCUUCCACAGCACUGGAGAUGAUCUGGAUCUUCUGCAGAAUUUGGGCCCAAAAUUCAACACUCUGGAUGGGAUCUGUCGACAAGCGUUAAAAGAAAAGAACAUUAACCUGUAACUUUUUAAAAUACAUUCGCUUUCGCAGUGGAUUUUUUACAGCUUUUUGAGUAGUCCUGUCUUCUGUCUUCAUGUGGAUAUCCUACUUCAUGACAAAGCACUGGAUUUUUGCAGCUAUAUAACUUCAUCUUUUGCUGGUUUUUCUUCAGAAAGGAAAAGCCUACAAAUGACAUCAAGACAUGAAGACACAGUCUUCACAACAGACUAUGAAAAUCUUUUGAGUCUAGUAAAAGCUAUCCCUUUUGACAACUAACUCCAUCCAAUGAUAGGUGUUUCCCCGUUUCCACUCCUUUUCCAUUUUCUUUAACCCUAGGUUGUUGAACCUGAUCCUUAAAUCCCAAUUCCCAUAUUUGGUUCCUAUCGUAGUUCUUUUUAUUAUCUUGGACUGAGCGGUGGGAUACCAUAGAUCAGACUUGCUUGCCUAGCACAUCCAUUUGGGACAUUGAUUGAAAUGGCAUUUUAAGAGUAUGGAGGCUGGGUCGACAAUCUGGUGCACUUUGCCUGCUGGGCCCCAUGAAUGCCUUUCUAUUAUGGCCAGCAUUUACUUUUUUGGCAAUUUCUGCUGCAUCAGCUUUUCUAUGGAAAUGCCCAGAUGUGCUUACACUUGCAUUCUCCUUGACAGUUUUGGUAUCAUUAUACCAUAUCACCACUAAAUGUGGAUGACUCCAGGGUGUAGCAGUUGACACAAUUUUCAAUGAAUGUGGUCAAGCAUGUAGAAUGCCUUAAUAAUGUUAUGUAUGUUUAUGGCCUACCAAAGGGAAUAUGUAAAAAAAAAAAUAAAAA